AUGCCUCCACCUCGCGGAACGCCCAAUCCUCUUGAAGGUCCCGGCGACUAUGACAUGACCCCCCACGUCCACAAUGACACAUACCCUGCGAUCUCUCCCUUAUCUACUUCAAUCCCCUUGAACAAGGCUAUCUUUAUCGCCGGUGCCUCUCGAGGUCUCGGUCUCGCAAUGGCCAUUUCGUUCGCUCGUGCUGGUGCCUCCCAUAUCGCAAUUGGAGCACGCUCAUCCCUCUCAGCAGUAAAAGAGAGUCUCCUAUUAGAAGCGUCUUCCGCCUCGCGCCCCACACCUAACAUCCUCUGUCUAAAGCUAGAUAUCACGUCCCAAUCCAGUGUUUCAGAAGCUGCCGCCGCUGUGGAGCGCGAAUUCGGAAAACUAGACAUCGUGAUCGUCAAUGCUGGGAUCCUGGGUACACCAGCACUCAUCGCAGAUAGCGACCCCGAGGUGUGGUGGGAUACGUGGAAUGUGAAUCUUCGCGGUUCUUACUUAGUUUCUAGGGCAUUUUUGCCGCUGUUAUUGAAGGGAGGGGACAAGACGAUUAUUGCCUUGAGUAGUGUUGGCGCCCAUGUUGUCCGAUCGCAGAUGAGCGCGUAUCAGAUUACUAAACUAGCUGUGUUGAGGCUCAUGGAGUUUGUGAGUGCCGAGUAUGGGGAACAGGGAGUGGUGGCAUUUUCUGUGCAUCCGGGAAAUAUCCCUACGGAUAUUGUAGGAGGCAUGGAGGGAUUGAGCGAAGAUUUGAAGCCGAUCUUUGUGGAGACGCCUGAAUUGAGUGCUGAUACAAUUGUGUAUCUGACAAGGGAAAAGCAGCAAUGGCUCGGAGGACGGUAUGUAAAUUGUACAUGGGACAUGCCGGAGUUGAUGGCGAAAAAGGAUGAGAUCGUAAACGGGGACAAGUUGAAAGUAAAGCUGGAUUUUUAG